ACUUGAUGGAUGCCGUGGAGCUCGCGCCUGGGAGACACCUUGAGCCAGGCACGACUCACGUGUGGAGCUAAAUAUGCAGCAGAGAUGAAACGGAAAGGAGCGCGAGUCUGACCGCGGAACUCAAGCACCUGGAGCUCCGAGGAGAGGCGACAUGAAGAAACACCAGAGCCCCAGCAAACUGCCACCGCGGCCGUGCUCUCCCGCCGUGCUCCCCGCGCACAGCGGAGAGAUCACCGUUCAACAACUCAACGAGCUGGUGUCGGAUGGUAGCGGCUUCUACCAACUCCCCACGCAGCACUUCAACGAAGUCUACCCACGGAUUUACAUCGGAAACGCCUUUGUGGCCCAGAACACGAUGCGCCUGCAGAAGUUGGGAGUGACUCAUGUGCUGAACGUGGCGGAGGGGACUUCGUUUAUGCACGUGAAUACCAGCGCUGAGUUCUACGCGGGGACAGGAAUCACAUACCACGGGAUCUCGGCCAACGACACCGAGCAGUUCAACCUCAGUGCCUACUUCGAGGAGGGGGCGGAGUUCAUCGACAAGGCACUAGCGCACAAUAACAGCAAAGGAAAGGUCUACGUUCAUUGCAGAGAAGGCUACAGCCGCUCCCCGACCAUGGUGAUCGCGUACCUGAUGCUUCGCCACAAAAUGGACGCCCGGCAGGCAGUGGCCACGGUCCGCCACAAGAGGGAGAUCGGCCCCAACGACGGCUUCCUGCGCCAACUCUGCCAGCUCAAUGAGAGACUGGUGAAGGAGGGAUGGCUGAACGGAGAGGUGCCCAAAAUCAAGACCAAAUGACGAGCGCUGCAGUGAGACCUCCCAUCAUGCCUUGAGACUGGCCCCACCUCAAAACCAGCACUGACUCACAUGGGGGUAUUUUAAAGCAGUUCACAUGAUACACUCCUCCUACAUAGCCACGCUGCUGUUUAAAGGAAUAUCUCUUAAACUCUCUCACUCUUUCUCUCUUUCUACUUUUCUAAACCACUGUCAUGUUUCCACCAAUCAAUGUCCACAAGUGUUGAUAAUCAUUUUAUUUAUAGAUUUAUUUUAUUAAUUUGUUUAUUUGUAGUAGAGUAUUAGCACAAUCAUUCCAUAGUGUCCACUGCCGGAAAGUCGCUGACCUGUUGCCAGCAGUUCAUAUUUGAAGUCUCAUAAUGUUUGAUAGUUAAACAUACAGUAGAUACAUUCCACUUACUUUUUUGAGACCCUUAUUCUUGUAAUGAGUCCUCCACGCCCAAGGGGGCACUAGUCUUCAAUGCACAACAAACUGUAAAUGUUUUAUAUCUUAAUCAGCACUUAGCCUGUCCCAGUUCUGUUUACUUGUCUCUUUGACUUCAUGAUGUCUUGAUUAAGGAAAAAACAAUUGUGAUUCCAAGUAAAAUACCUUGGUUGAACUGAGAAAUGUAUCUUACAAUUAUUCAGUUUCAGUAGAUUUUAAGUAGGUUUUAAGGGACAGCAAAGGAAUAAAGGAGACAAGGAAGUUAGGAAACAAAAUUGGGACAUGGCCUAGGUAGUAGUGAUGGUAAAUUGGAGAAAACACCUGCCUCAAAAACUCUUUAAGUAGUUGACAUAAUGAAACUGAACAGUGACCUCUGCUGUUCAUAUAGUAGGACUGCGCCUGAUGGAAGUCCAUUAAAAACCUAAAAACCGGGCGUUCUGCAGUGAAAAUCAAAAUCCUCUACUUCAAAAGAGUAAAACAGUGAGUAUUCGACAAACAUACUGUAUAGUAAAAAGUAAUAACCUGAUAUCUUUUAGCUGUCACAUAAUCUACAAUAUAUGUUCAGCAAUGACGCCUAUUUACUACAAAAUUAUUCAGAAUUGUUGUCUAAAGAAUUCGUGUACUCCUGCUUCAUGAAUUUUGUCAAAUCCUAAAUCAAAUUUAGGUUUGGGAUUAAACUGGCUAGUCCGGUAUGUGUCAGCCACGUGUAAACUGUUAUUGCAACGAUAGCCUCAAAAUAUGCAGUCUGUCACUGUAUGUAGAAUUAUUUCCAAAUAGUAAACAUUUUUAUUCUAAUAUGUAAUUUUCAUACGUCACUGAAGUGGGUUCUAACUUGAUAUUAAUUCUCUCCUUUUUGUCAAAUCUCCAAAACCUAAAAAUGGUAAGAUACAGUAAAUAUACUUUUUUGUUACCAUUACUGUUGGUUACACAAUUCUAGUGUUACUUUUAAAUCGUAAAAAACUCUUACUUAACCUAACUCUUACGUAAUUUUCCUACAUUACUGAAGCGGGUUCCAACUUCUCCCAUUUUAAUGAAAAUCCUAAAACUCAAACCAAAUGUCAGUUUUGUCCGAAUAACCCUAAGAUAAACAUGCCCUUAUUACUACACAUGAGUUUGGUGUUAGUAAUAAAUGUUAUAAGCUGUUCUCCCAUUGUCAUAGAGUGGAUCCACUGCCUGACACAGCCAUUCGUGUCCACCAUUUUAGUGUGCCAUACCCUAUAACCCCAAGCACACGAGUUCACAAGUUUGAUUUUCUACAAAACAUUGCAAUAUAUGUCAAUACUCCCCCAUCUAAGUGUAAUCACAGAUAGUAGUGCUUACAUAUAGGCACCAUAUAAUCAUAUAAUCACUUCUUAUAUCAAUGUAUUUAACUGUAGUACAUGUAGUGGUGAGAUGUAGAAUUGUGAAUGCAUAUUUGAAAAUGUUUUUUGACUAGGGACACUAGGGAUGUCAAGACCAAUUGAUUAAUUCAUUGAUUAUCGUGACUUUUUAUGUCACGAAAUAACUGUAAGAACUUAAUUGAAUGUAUUUUUCAAAAAAGUUAAAGAUGCACUGUGUAGCAUUUCUGGUGGCGGGUUUUCCUACAUCACCUGCUUGUCUAAAUGGAGGCACUGAGGCUACGUUUAUAUAAUGAAGGUCUGAACAGAAGAAGAAAGUGGCGUCGCGUUUUCACUUUUUAUUCCGCGUUUAGACGACCGUUUUCGGGAGGAAAUCUGCGUGCAUACGGUGAUGCAAAAGUGUGUGGAAUUCGAUUGGUUAUGCAUGCCAGGUGUCUAGGUGGUGAUGUAUGUGCCGUAAACACGUACACAACGUGAGCAGAUCUGACCAGAGUUUUGCAUCUUGGGCAGUGUAGACGGAAACGCUACGGCGGAGCAUAUUCAACUUUUCCAGAGAUUGGUUUCAGAUUUUCACGUUUUUAAGCCCCAAAAACGCCGUCGCCAUCUACACCAGGGGUGUCAAACUCAAAUUCUCUGAGGGCAACUAAGUACUAAGUCAUAGGGCAAACUAAAUAUAUAUUGAAAAUUUCAACAACAUCUGCAUGUUUUCUCUUCUUUCGAGAUAUGUAAUGUCAAACCUUGAAUUCAGAAUAAGCAGAAUUUAAAAUAAUAACUAAAUUUUUAAUAAUUAAUGUCUCUAUUGCCUAUCUGUAGCCAGCGGGCAGCUCUAAUACAUAUGUGACAUGAUCUCAUGGGGCAAAUAUAAUUAUAUCACAGGCCAAAUUUUUGACAUAUCUAGUCUUAAUUGAAGGCACUUCCAAUAAAAUAUUUUGUCAUUUUUACCUGCAAGCGUUCGUGUAAACAGGCCCUCAUGUAGUUGGUCAAUAGCUUGUCCUCUGAUGCAAAGGUUGAUGGUUUGAAUCCCGCUCUUGACAUAAAUGCAUUCUCUGCUAAAUACAAUAUUGACGUAUAAAUGGGUGAGUGGUUUCUUGAUGUGAAGCUCUUUGAACGCUUCAAUGGUGGAAAAGCGUUAUAAAAAUUAGACUGUUAAAUCAAAGUGGUAGAUAAAUUUAAUGGCAUAUUGUAGAAUAUUUUUGGCAGCAUGCAUUUCCAUGGAGACAAACAGGUGUUGGACCCUUCACCACCUCAGAAGUUACACAGUGAAUGCAUAGAUAUAAAUAUAUAUAGUCAAAAUGUAUGACACUAGAGUCAUUUUAAUUAGACAGGUUGACUGAAAGUACAUUAAAUUCUGCAGUUUUUUCUUACAAUAAUCUCUAAAAAUGUAAACGGUGACAUCCCUGGUGAAAGCGUAGGGCCUAAGCUUCAUAACAUAACCCAGCCCACCUUAUAUAUCUGUAUACAUAAUAGCAUAUACAUGUAUACUGUAUAUACAUAUUAAGUGUUGACAUAUAUGAAUGUAUCCGCAAUGUGUCUCUAAUGUGUAGGUAUGUAGUCCCUUCGUCUCCUAUAUGACAUCACAGUGUACUCGACACCUUCAGUUCUGCAUGUACAAGUACUACAAGUGUACAUGCAAAGUACCAUCAUUUAUGUGUAAGAUAUAUAAAUAUAUAUACUACUGCGAUUAUGCAAACUCUGCUUAUAACUGUGAGGGUUUGAAUGCUUAUCUGGGCACUGAGGCAUGCGUCAUGUUUUAGUGAGUAGACAGUGAUUCAUACAGGUACUUUUAGUUCAUCAUCUUCACAUAUUUACGGUUUAAUGGCAAUGAUAUUUACAAAAAUCUUAUAUU